CACAGCUGUUUUUCCCCUGCACAAUCCUUAUACUUGUACUGGAUGAACAGGAAGAUGGUUGAAGAUCCGAAGAGAAAACUGCUCAUGGUUCUUGCUCUCCUCUUGCUGCCCAGCUCAGCACAAACAGGGAAUACAGACAGACUCUCAGAGCAUCACUGCACAGACUUCCAGAGAGCCAACUUCCUACGGGGCAGCAAACUCAAGGUCCAGUUUCUUCUGUUCACUUCCUCAAGCCCCAGCUGUGGAGAGCUGAUUUCAGCUGAUGAUGACAUCAAGAACUGCAGCUUCAACAGCAGCCUGGACACCAAAAUCAUCAUCCAUGGCUUCAGGGCUUUGGGUACCAAACCUUCCUGGAUUGAAGGGCUUGUCCAAGCUAUACUGCACACCAGCCAGGUGAAUGUGAUCGCAGUGGACUGGGUUUAUGGGUCUACAGGAGACUAUCCCUCCGCAGUGGAAAAUGUCACACAGCUGGCCCUCGCCAUCUCACAGUUCAUCAGCAAGCUCCUGGCCCUGGGAGUCUCAGGGACAUCUAUCCACAUCAUUGGGGUCAGCCUGGGAGCACAUGUCGGGGGCCUGGUGGGGCACUUCCACGGCGGUCGCCUGGGACGGAUAACAGCCCUGGAUCCUGCAGGCCCUAAGUACACCAGAGCCCGCCCCGAGGAACGCCUGGAUCCUGGGGAUGCCCUCUUCGUGGAAGCCAUUCAUACUGAUGCUGACUAUUUCGGGAUCCGGAUUCCUGUAGGCCACAUUGAUUAUUUUGUCAAUGGAGGCAAAGAUCAGCCAGGAUGCCCCCGGUUCAUCUCUGCAGGCUACAACUUCCUGAUCUGCGAUCACAUGCGGGCCGUGCAUCUCUACAUCAGUGCCUUGAGCCACCCCUGUCCCAUCGUGGGCUUCCCCUGUGCAAGUCAUCAAGAUUUUCUAAAUGGUCAUUGCCUGGAUUGUGCAAAACCCUUCCUGUCCUCCUGUCCCAGAAUAGGCCUGCUGGAGCAGGCAGGUGUCAACAUGAGCAGGCUGCCCCAGGAAGUGAAAGUUUUUUUAAUGACCAGUCCUUCAGCCCCAUUCUGUGUCCACCACAGCCUGGUUGAGUUCCAGCUGCAGAAGAAAAGAAACAGAGUCACCAGCAUUGAGAUCAGUUUCAGCAGCAACAGCACCAAGGACACAGCAAAGAUCACCAUACCCAAGGACCAGGAGACAGGCAAACGGCUGCUGGCCCACCGAGUUCCCCUCUGCCAGAUAAACACUGUGACCCUCAAGUAUAUCCCCAAGAAUCUUUUUUGGAGCAAGGAUGAGCCAUUCAUUGUUGGCAAGCUCUGUGUAGCACCACUGCCUCUCAAUAGCAGCAGGACAAUGUCAUGUCUGCCCUGGAGCCUCACCCUCCCCAGCAAAACAGACAUCUCGUAUGACCGGCCUACUGCUUGUGCCUAGCUCUGCCUUCAGGACACACAGAACCAGAAAGGAGUCCUAAACCUAUUGCUGCUCUCUUCUCCCAGAUGAUACUUUCACUGUAAAACUGGAUGGGUUUUUUACUCCCUGCAUUAGGGGCAAGAUGUUAAGGAAAAGAAGUGCAUGACAGAUUGACAAAUACAAGGUUAACUGGUUACAGCAAAAUCCUCCAGUUAAAAGACUGGAAUGACACUUUAGUCUCACAGGUUCUGUACCCAGAUCUCAAAGUGAGACAGGAAAGUCAUUUAAUCUUGAGGCUUGAAUCUGUAUGAAAGAAGGAGUGGAUAAUAUAAUUAUUUUUAUAGUGGGAGUAUUAGUAUGAUUCAUUAGUGUUUUAUAUAUAAACUGUUCUGUAAUCUUCAUAUUAAAGGUGAGAGCUAUUAUUCUUCCUCA